ACGAACGAAAUGAUGUAUAAAUAUAUUUUUCAUCGUCAGGGUGCAAGCUAUUAAUACUUUUGCAUUAGUGCAACGAUGCGCUGAUGAGUAAGAUGAUACUUUCUGAAUACAUCUUGAAAGAAGCUUGCAGAGUGGGUCGGUAAUUUCUGACGAAAGCUUCUCGCUCUAUUUCAUCAUUAAAGAACAUCAAAGGGUGUCAGGUACGGGUGAAAUGGAUAGACAUAAGCACACCUUUAUACUGGCCACCUGCUGACACGUGGGUGGACGAGGCUUGAAUGCCAACAACUACGAAAGAAAGACCAGCCGAUGGAAAAGUUAAUGUCACGAAUUUGAGUGACUCAAAGUGCACUGUAUUCGCACUGUUCAAUCAUCGCAAGCCUCGGGAUCCCCUGAGGGGCUCCAAUGCCUCAUCUGAACCACUGUUGGAGAUGGAGUCCCAGGGAUGGGAGUAUGAGGCACUGUCCGAUCUUCAAACGCCAGUGGCUGCUACACCUGCAUCAACACCACCAAAUUCCCAGAGAAUUCAUACAUCCAGAGUAUGUUUUGAACCAGAAAAUAUUGAAGUGACCAGGCGCCGCAGUAGCUCGCGACUCAUGGGUACUUCUAUCAGAAGACGUAGCAGGAGCAUGAGCGCCUGGAGUGACUUAUCAAGAUGUUCCUUCAGACUCGAUGAAAGAGUGCGUGUUGAAUAUUAUGUGAACGAGAAUACAUUCAAGGAACGACUGCAACUCUAUUUCAUCAAAAAUCAACGUUCAAGUCUGAGGAUACGAGUGGCGAAUUUAUUCUUCAAGCUGCUAACAUGCUUCCUUUAUAUAUUCAGGGUUAUCACGGACAACGUUCCUACAUUUGCGACAUGCUACGGUUGUACACCAGGAAACAAGUCGGAAAUCCUGGCAUCGCAGAUGCUCACGGAAGAAGAGUUUCAAGACAACUCCACCAUCAACUGGGACGCAAUUCUGUGGGUGAGACGACCUUUGGAGCUGUGGGUCGUUCAGGUUAUUCUCGCGAUAGUAUCUCUUGCCGAGGCACUACUACUCGCCUAUCUCGGAUACAAGGGCAACAUUUGGCAGCAACUGCUCUCAUUCCACUUCAUCCUGGAAUUAGUGAACACCAUACCCUUCACAAUCACAAUACUUUAUCCACCGAUGCGAAAUCUGUUCAUUCCGGUAUUCCUGAACUGCUGGUUGGCAAAGCACUCACUGGAGAAUAUGUUCAACGAUCUUCACAGAGCAAUGCAGAAGUCACAAUCGGCCUUGAGUCAGCAGUUGAUGAUUCUCAGUGUUACUUUACUGUGCCUUGUCUUCACCAGUGUAUGCGGCAUUCAACACUUCCAACGAGCCGGGCACCGGCAUUUAAACUUGUUUCAAAGUACAUAUUUCGUGGUGGUAACAUUUUCUACAGUAGGAUAUGGCGAUUUCGUUCCAGACAUUUGGCCCUCACAGCUCUACAUGGUCUGCAUGAUAUGUGUCGCGCUGAUAGUGCUGCCAACACAGUUCGAGCAACUAGCAUUUACAUGGAUGGAGCGUCAAAAACUCGGAGGUUCAUAUUCAUCCCACCGUGCACAGAGCGAGAAACAUGUCGUAGUAUGCAGUACAACACUCCAAGCGGACACUAUAAUGGACUUUCUAAACGAGUUUUAUGCCCAUCCCCUGCUACAAGAUUACUACGUUGUACUGCUGUCACCCAUGGAAUUAGAUACAACGAUGAGGAUGAUACUUCAAGUGCCAAUUUGGGCACAGAGGGUUAUUUACAUACAGGGUUCGUGUUUGAAGGACGGUGACCUUGCUAGGGCUAGGAUGAAUGAGGCUGAGGCGUGCUUCGUCCUAGCGGCGAGGAAUUAUGCUGAUAAAACUGCCGCUGAUGAGCAUACAAUCCUCAGAUCAUGGGCUGUAAAGGAUUUUGCUCCAAAUGUACCUCAGUACGUACAGAUUUUCCGUCCUGAGAACAAGCUUCACGUUAAAUUUGCUGAGCACGUCGUAUGCGAGGAUGAGUUCAAAUAUGCACUUUUGGCUAACAAUUGUACUUGUCCUGGUGCUUCAACGCUGGUUACCUUACUUCUGCAUACAUCACGUGGACAAGAAGGACAACAGUCGCAGGAGGAGUGGCAUCGGCUUUAUGGCAAGUGCUCGGGAAAUGAGAUAUAUCAUAUAACUCUGGGUGAUUCGAGGUUUUUCGGAGAGUAUGAGGGAAAAUCGUUUACGUAUGCAUCGUUUCACUCUCAUCGGAAAUAUGGUGUGGCUCUUGUGGCGGUUAGACCAGCAGAAUUACCGGAAUUUUACGAGGACACUAUUCUACUGAAUCCGGGUCCCCGCCACAUAAUGAAGAAAACUGACACAUGUUACUACAUGAGUAUAACAAAAGAGGAGAAUUCAGCGUUUGUAGUGGCAAAUAAUCAAGACAAACCGUCAGACCCCUCUCAAGUAGUCGUGGACAACAAGGGUGAUACAUCAACAGGCCAAGGGGGAACAGCAUCGGGACCAGGCACAGGGGCCACUACUUUGACAACACCAACGACACUGUCAGCAACAGUAGCAGCAGCUGGAUCAGGAGGGAACGGUACAAUUGGAAUAGGUGCUAGCCAGCAUCGAAGAUAUUCUAAUGGUUUUAAAUCGUCGUACGAUACGCCACGUGAGGCGGGUGAACCGGUGUCUCCGGGCAAACCACGUUUGCAUUUACCACCGCCCGGAGCACCGCCGCCGCCUCAGGUUAUCUUGCAGGUCCUCCCUAGCACGCCCACACUCCAACACCACAACCUACUCGCAUCCGAUGUCCACCCAACUACGUACCUGGAUCCAGCCAAUUUAACGGAUUCAAGACAAUGUUUGAGGGACGGUGGAUCAAGCCCUCAAACACCAAUAACAGGGAAUCAUCUGGAUGUUCCACGCUCAAUGGAUACAAAUCCAAAUUUACUGAGUCCAGAGAUAUUGAUGCAAAGACGAGGUAGCAGAAGACCUAGCAUACUUCCUGUUCCGGAUAUGUUGACAAGUUCAACGUUACAUCUACCUGGCCAGGAGUCCUUAGAUCACGAGGCAGACGAGUCCGAGGACGAGAUGGAUGACGACGUACCCUGGAGAUCGCCGAGUGAAAAAAUAGCUAUUGUCAAAGGAUUUCCACCGGUGUCGCCGUUUAUUGGAGUGUCGCCCACACUGUGUUAUUUGUUGAAAGAGAAAAAACCAUUGUGCUGCCUACAACUAGCUCAGGUUUGUGAGCAUUGCAGCUAUAGAAACGCAAAAGAAUACAAUUGGCAGAACAAAACGAUAAUAUUGGCAGCGGACUACGCGAGUAACGGAAUAUACAAUUUCAUCAUUCCCCUUCGAGCUCACUUUAGAUCAAAAACUUCCCUCAACCCGAUCAUUCUUCUGUUGGAGAGACGACCGGAAAUUGCCUUUCUAGACGCCAUCUCUUAUUUUCCACUGGUAUAUUGGAUGCUUGGAUCGAUUGACUGUCUCGACGACCUGCUUCGCGCUGGUAUCACACUUGCCGAAAAUGUCGUUGUUGUCAACAAGGAGUUGAGCAAUUCCGCUGAAGAAGAUACACUGGCUGAUUGCAAUACUAUCGUCGCUGUUCAGACAAUGUUCAAAUUCUUCCCCAGCAUAAAGAGCAUAACUGAGCUGUCGCAGUCCAGCAAUAUGAGAUUCAUGCAAUUCCGGGCGCACGACAAGUAUGCCCUACACCUCAGCAAAAUGGAAAAGGUACUCCUCAGUGCUACUUCCGGUGACAACCAUCCCGAUGAGCCUCCCAUGGGCUCCCCGAGGGAGAAGGAAAGAGGGUCCCACAUAUCGUACAUGUUCCGGCUGCCAUUCGCUGCUGGUAGUGUCUUCAGUGCAUCAAUGCUGGACACACUUUUGUAUCAGGCUUUUGUCAAGGACUAUGUGAUAACAUUCGUCAGACUACUGCUAGGUAUUGACCAAGCACCGGGCUCUGGAUUUCUGACCUCGAUGCAGAUAACGAAGGAAGACAUGUGGAUACGAACGUAUGGUAGACUCUAUCAAAAACUCUGCUCAACAACGUAUGAAAUACCAAUUGGUAUCUACCGAACACAGGACACGAGUGUGACAGACACUUCGAACGAAUCGGAUGCAGAGAGCGAUACUGGAGUUGGUGUGACGUAUAAGAUGCGUCGUACUGCGGCUGCUGCGUGCCUCUCGAAUUGCUCUACCCGUGAAAAGGGUGCAUCGGCAUACUCAGCUUCAAUAGCCGACGAAGCUCGUGACAACCACACCCAACAGAUAGAGCGCGCCGAAAUCGCCAACCUGGUCCGUUCCCGAAUGGAGUCCCUCAACCUCCCAGUGGCGGAUUACGACGACGUCUCCGAGAAGCGCAACAAUCUCUCCUACGUAAUAAUCAAUCCCAGCUGUGACCUGAAGUUGGAAGAGGGUGAUAUCGUGUACCUAGUCCGGCCAAGCCCUUUCUCAGCGCAAAAGACCUUCGAGCGUCACAAUUCACGAAGAAAAUCAAACAUAAGUUUUUGUUCAGCUCAGCUGGUUGCCCAGAUGUCAGCGGCGGUUGCUUCAUCAGGAAUAAGCGGUGGUGGGGGUAGUAGAAGGGGCUCGGGAAUUGGUUUGGCUAGGGCACCACCACUCGGUGGCACCAAGUCUAAUUCACUCUCUUUACCGGACAGUCCCACCGUUGCCGGAAGCCUGCGCGGCCGUUCGAAUUCGUUGCGCGUGGUAGACGAUAUCCUGCUCAGACGAAGCAAUUCACUUCGACAGGGUUUCACCACGCGACGAAAGAGCAGCCUGGAGGACAUCGGCCUCGGUGCGUUGUCCCAUCCAACAAAUCAUAAUCCUAUUAAAAUAGCACUCAAUGGCUCUAUUGGCCUAGAGGUAACACCACCUGAAGAGGGUAUACCUGGUGGUAAUGCUAGUAAUACUGGUAUACUCGAUGUUGGUUUACCAUCUAUGCCGGCACUUGGUACUGGCUUAGGCGCUCCACUUGGUCCACCUCUGGGUGCGGGUCUUGGCGGUUCACUCGGUGGUCUUUAUGAUCCACCAAUUAUCCAGAGUAAAGGACAAGUUAAUAGCCAACAGUCACAGGCAAAUCAGGAUCCUCAGCACAUACAGGGGACAAUCGUAUGAUACAACCUUAUGUGGGGACGCCGACUCUCCAGUGUAGUCAGAAAUAAGUGGAUAUAGCGUUCCCACAUAGAUGGACAUUUUAGGUAUUAGACGAGAGGUCUGCUAUGAGAGAAGAGAAUUUCUUGAAAGAACGAGAACAGUGGGUCCUUUCAUUGUUGUUAGUAACAUAAUUCUACUCAAAUGAUAUUUUAUAUUUUCAUGUUAAGUUAUUUAUUUUGGAGUAUAUCAUUGGGGACAAAGUAGUACUUGAUAAAAACAUAAAUCUAACGAAGAUUGAUGAGCAAUGAAGGCUUGAUGCGAUUAAAUUUCAGUAGACCAUUUUAUGUUCUUUGAAAUGAGAUCACUAUAUUGCAAUUUAUCUCAAUUAUGUGAUGUUAUUAUUUUCGCAUUGACUUACCAAAUUGACGAAUUACUCCCAGCUUCAGUGAUUUAUCAAGAUAAUUUAGUAACGAAGCAGUAGAACGAUUUAAUUUAACUAAGCCUUCAGCUUAGUGUUCGAUGAACUAUGAAUAUGAGGGAAACAUCGAAUUUUGAUUAAAAACCUUGCAAUUCGUUCAGAUAAAAGGGUAACAAAAAUCGAUUUGAACCGCCCUAUCGCUUGGGGACUGAAUUGGUGAUUGAGUAUGAAGGGCUCAGUAAUUAGUUGAUUAGAAAAAAAUUUUUAAGUAUUUCUUCAUAAUCAAGAUAUUCUCUUGUCUGUAUGGGGAUCUGAGCAGUAACUCAGUCUUUCUACUCCACAAAAGAGAGCAGGAUAAUUAUAAAUAAUGAAUUGGCUGUUGGUAUUACAUUCUUUCGUACAUUCAAUAUCAAAGGAAACAUUGAUAAAUCGAAUAUUCACGAGAAUUCGAACGGCUUACGACCCGGCUCGGAGGCCACUAUGUCGGAUGAAGGGAGUCCCGGGAGGUGGUGCUCGUAACGACCCGUGCCCUGCAUUUAAAUCUGGAUUAAAACUCAAACUGAUAUAACUUGGUUUGCCGAGUACUGCGAUACAAAACUAAUUAAUUGACUUUUUUAAAGAAAACAUUUGGGGAUUUAUUUCAGGAGACUAAGUACGUAAGUAGUAAAUUAAUAAAUGAGAGAAUUACAAGAGUCACUGAAGUGUUUGAUGAAGUAAUUGAGUUUUGAAGUGGUGGGUGGAGGUGACUCUGGAAGUUCUGCGGUGAUUGUUUUGCCAAUUUUUGUAGAAUAGCGUGAAAGUAUUGCACAACAUGGUAUCAAACAAAUACAUCAAUUUUUUAACAAAUUGCUUUCGAGACAAUUCUAAUUAAUUUGUUAACAAAAAUAUUGGCGAUACCGAUAGAAUUUCAUAUAACUGUAUUUCAGUCAUUUGUUUAUUUGAUAAUUAUGAAACAAUUCUGCAAAACACCUGACAUGUCAUUUUCGGCUCCAUCACUUCACAACAUAACGAAAACAUUAAUGUAUUUAGACGUCAUAUCACAAGGGAACUUCGCGAUAAAAUAACCAUUCACUGCGUCAAAAUUAACUACGUAAUUGUCUAGGAGAGAUUUUCUAUUUAAACGUUAUAAAAAGAACAGAAAUUUAAGAAAUAUAAUUAGUGAAUUUACUGUUAAUGAGAGCAGUUCAAGGAGAUAAUGAGUCCUGAAAUUAAUGAUCGAUGCCUCCUCUCGGCUAGUGCAAUCCAGUUCUAGAGAUUUAGAAAGUAAAGUCUAAACAAUUGAGAGAAAAAUUAAAAUUUUUUAGAUAUUUAGACUUAAGUCGGCGUGUUAAUGUUGAUUGAUCAACGCCAAAAAAUUUUGUACGACACGACAGUAAACAAUCGCUCGAUUGGCCCGACAAAACAACUGAAUGAAAUUCCUUGAAAAAUAAAGUUCAAACGAAUUUAAAUGUAUAACGAAAAUACCAAGAAAAAUGUUCAAUUUGCUUUAACAUCAUUAAUUGCAAUUUUGAUCAAUCAUUUGUCAAUCAAUUACGAAAUGCUUUCCUUUCUUGACAAUCUGUUCUUCUAGAUUAUAUUUCUAACGUGAAAAUAUUUACAGACAUUCUGACACUCCUUCAGAGACCAAUUUACACUGUUUGCGGAAUAAAAACCAUAGUUUUUGUGAAUUUGAGGGAUUAAGGUGGUGAAAUACGUUUUGGGAUUUUUAGGAGGGGAAACACUUGUAUUGAAAUAUACUAUUUUCUGGUACCAUCAUUAAGGGGUUAUUCUCUUGUGAACGCCUAUAUUUUACCACUUUUUCGGAAUUUUUUUUUUAUGCGACAACAAACUUCAAUCAUGUUGAUUUUUCAAUAUAUUUUUAUUUGUAUUUUGAAAUAUACGAAAAAAAUUUUUUUUUUCGUUUUUUACAUUUUUAACAUAUAUUUUUUUAAAGUCAAAGUAGUCUCCAACAAAAAAAGGUAGUUCACUGGUCAAGGUGAUAGCGGCUGUUCAUGUUGUUUGAAAUAAAAAAAUCGAAUGGAUUAUUAUUCAGUAGAUCUGUGGCUAUCGUCCCUACCAAAUAUAAUCAAUCCUAUUAUAAAAAGGAGACCCGUGUACAGAUCGAUAUCGAUAUUUCUCGAAGAAAUAUCUCGAAAAUGCGUAAGCGUAAGACAGAAACCGAAGCGACAUCUGUCGAUUAUAUUAGUCGCACAUUGGGCUGGAACAAAUGAACCGGUAAAAACCAUCACAUUUGGCAACGUGUUUGAGUGUUUUUAUCCUAUUAUAAAAAGGAGAUAAUUUAUAAUCGUGAAACAUCAUGACAUCUCCACCUAUUAAAUAUACGACCAACAGAGCCAUUGAUCAUUUCAAUGUUGCAGCUACACUCAUGAAAAUCAUCGGCUACGUCGACAGCAUUGAAGACCUGAGAGAGUUGCCAAAGUCUCCAUCUAAGUGGAUUUACAAGUGCAUUUUAAAUAACAAUGAUGGCAGAAGGGUUCGCAUACUUUGCUCGGGGGAUGAUGCUCUCAAAUACAAGGAUGAGAUCAAGAUGUAUCAGAUAAUAAAAAUCACUGGAGGGAUUAUUAAAGCGGCCAAUCCACAGUAUCGGCGAUCAACGGACACUGUGAGCGACAAAGAAUUUCAAUUUGCACGUAGGAGCACUUUCGACAUCUUUGGCACAUUUAACAUUACGAAUGGAGCUGACAAUGGAAGGUCGAAGGUCAUCUCAUAUAAAAAAUUGAGAUGGAGAACGUUUGUGCUGCUCGCGGGCCAGUCCAGAUCACUGGAUGGCUCAAAGAGCCAUUCAGAAGCAUUACCACGGUAAGUGGUUCGAGUUAUGGAUCUGGCAUGUUUUGCACAAGGGUCCAUCGCAUGACCAUUCACGUGGUAACAUACAUCCCGAGAGAAGAUUUGAUCGAGGGAAUCAAAAUGACCAUUAAAGGUCGAGUUGAUUGUCGUGGGGAUGGUUUUGUUCUGAAUAUUAACAGCAUGGAUGACAUUGCAGUCCUGACUGAGGAUGUAGCCCUCAAUGAAGAUGAGUUGGAUGAUGCUGUCGAAGCACCUCCUCUCAUUCUCAAACGAGGGGCAGCUGAAUCUGCAUCUGGAGAGGCGAUGGACGUCGCGAAUAAGAAACUGAAAGCUGAAUAGCUUUAAUGACGUGCUAUUUACUCUGGAAGUUCAAUUGCAAAAUUGAAAAUUUUUUCUAUAACAAGUUCUAGACUGUUAUUUUUUCACACAAAAAUUGAGUUCUAUAACAAGUUUAACACUGUUAUUUUUUUACGCAAAAAUUUAAUUCUAUAACAAGUUUAAUACUGUUAUUUUUUUACACAAAAAUGAAACAUUGACAAGCUUGAGCUCUUUAAGAAUCUGAUUUUUUACUUUUAAAGACUGCCAACUUCAUAGCAGUAAGGUUAAUACUCAUUUAGCUUUAACAACCAAAACAGAUGGAAUUAUAAUAAUCUAUUCAUGAACAUUAGUAUUUAUUCAGAAUUUAUUUCAAUAUAUGGCCCUGUUUUUGAAGAAAAAGUAUUACUAAACAUUUGUAUUUUUUAUAUAUAACAGAGAAAACUGAAGACUAAUUAAUUUUAUGAUUAAAGUAGAUAAAGCUCUCCGGAAUCACAGAUAAGUGAUACAAAGGAUGUAUUCAUGUUAAUGUUUGUUCAUAUUUCUUAACAUAUGUUGUAAUGUCAAUUAUAAUUGUUGGAACAU